GCGCCCCAGCCGGCCAGGCGCGCAUGCAGUAGCCGACAAGCGGCGCAUCCGUUUGCUCCAGCACCUCGCCCCUCGGCUUGCCAGGCACACAGCACUGCCCCCCGGCCCGCUGCCGCCUAGUACCCCACCAUUUGCGUUUGCACCGUCCGCUUUUCUCCGCCCGACCUCCUGUCGCUCCGGGGCGGUUUCGGUCCUCUCAGCGCUUCCAUCUCUCGGUCUCUCCCCCCUCUCGCUCGCCGUGCGCGUCGUCGUCCUCGUCGCCACGGCAGUGGUGGACGCCAUGGGCGAGCGUGGGGCUUCCUGGGGCGUGAUCAGGGCGGCGCCGGCGGUGGCCCUAGCCGUGGCCGUGCUGGGGCUCGCGGCUUCGGCGUCCUCCACCGAGGAGCUUAUUUCUUCCCGCGCCGAGGAAUUGGAGGCGCUGAUGGCAAUCAGGGCGGCGCUUCAGGACCCGGACGAAAUUCUCGGCGACUGGAUCGUCACCGCCGGCCGGCACCGGUGCCGGUGGACGGGGGUCACCUGUUCCGUCGGCCGUAUUGACACACUACAACUGCAAAACAUGCACCUCGCCGGAACACUCCCGCCCGCGAUUGGAAAACUGCGGCGGCUGCGGAAUCUGUUACUGGACCAUAACGCAAUCUCCGGCCCUAUUCCAGACGCCAUUGGAGGGUUGCCGCUGCUACGAAAUCUUUCCCUGUCGAACAAUCAGCUCAACGGCACAAUACCGGAUUCGCUGAUCAAUUCUCGCAGCCUCUUCAUCAUGGAUCUGUCCUUCAACAACCUGAGUGGUACGGUGCAGGCUUUCAACAUAAAGAAUGUACUCCUUACCGGAAAUCCGUUGUUACAUUAUCCCGGUUGCGGAGGAAGUUGUGCCUCCACAGUAUGGCAGAAAGGGAUCACUCUCUCCGCACUAGACCCGCCGACAUACUCACAAAGCUUUCCAGCAAGCAUCAAGACGGUGGUGAUGUGCCUAUCAAUUGGCUUUGCAGUAGCUGUCGUCUUGACAACACUUAUCGCGGCUACUCACCAGUGGCGUAGGCGUCGUCUCCGAAUAUUUGCUGAUAUGGAUGGUAACCAUAUGAUAUCGAAUGACAAAAAGAACUCAGAAGUAUGUCAUGGUCAUCUGAAGAUGUACACGCUAAAGGAUAUCAAACAAGGUACCAUCGACUUCCACCAAAAUAACAUCUUGGGACAUGGAGGAUUUGGGGUAGUAUACAAGGGCAUUUUGCAUGGUGGCACCAUUGCUGCUGUGAAAAGGUUGAAGGAUUUUGCUUCUUCUGGUGAAGUUCAAUUCCAUACAGAAGUUGAAGUCAUGAGCUUGGUUGUUCAUCGCAACCUCAUUAAUCUAAUUGGGUUCUGCUCUGAAGAUAAUGAGAGGAUCCUUGUAUACCCUUACAUGCUAAAUGGAACUGUUGCUUCUCAAUUACAAGCAUAUGUGAGUGGAAGACCUGCCUUAGACUGGCCAACGAGAAAGAAGAUUGCGCUUGGCACGGCAAGAGGGCUCGCCUAUUUGCAUGAGCGUUGUGUUCCUAAAAUAAUCCAUCGCGACAUUAAAGCCUCCAAUAUUCUUCUUGAUGAACAUUUUCAAGCGAUAGUCUCCGAUUUUGGGCUGGCAAAGCUCUUGGGUGAAGGGCAGUCCCAUGUUUUCACAGCAAUCCGUGGGACAUUUGGGCGUAUCGCUCCGGAGUAUCUGAUGACAGGUGAAUCAUCGGAGAAGACCGAUGUUUUCGCAUAUGGACUCCUGCUGAUGGAGCUAAUCACUGGUCGAAACAAGUUGGACGUCAAUCCGGAUGAGUUUGAGAACGGAGGAGUGGUUGAUUGGGCAAGGGAGCUCCUUGAAGAUGGUCAGCUAAGCUCGUUCGUGGACACGAGGCUAAAGUCCGACUACAACGAAGCGGAGGCGGAGGAGAUGGUCCAGAUAGCCUUGCUCUGCACAAUGUACAGGGCAGCUCAUCGCCCAAGGAUGUCUGAAGUCGUUAGGAUGCUGGAGGGAGAUGGGUCGGUCGCAGGGAGAUGGGAGAGCUUGAAGAAUGUCCAGGUGCCGCAGGACGGAACCGGAACCCCCAACUUUGUUCUGUCUCCUGCACAUUACAGUGAAGAUGAGUGUAAUUCGGUGGAGCUGGAAGCAGUUGAGCUCUCAGGGCCAAGGUGAUCUCGGUAACCAUUUGCCUUGCCAGAUGACACAUCUGGUUCUCCCACCCAUUUUACGGUGAUGCUGCGCUCCCACCCAUCGGAAAGAAUUGCGAUGGUCAUAAACGUUUCUGAAACGACUUGGAUUGAUAAACCAUCAUAUAAUAAUUUAGCGCCUGUCAAAACAUCUCCGAGGAAACAGAGAGACAAAUUUCAGUUGAUAUUUUCCCGCUCAAAUAAAAUAAAAUUCAGUUGAUAUUUUCUGCCCUCUGCCACCACCCUUUUGUCUUAGAACGCUGCGGUUCCAAAUUUCGUAACAUGUUUUUUUUUUCCAUCCUUAUGAAAUUCUCAUGCCCAAUCAUGGUUUUCCAAAAUUCGAAAUGGAGGGAGCGUCGCGGCGCCGUAUGUGGUGGUAGCACUGGAUAUG